CUGGCACUGGAAAUCGCUAACCAGGAGGCACUGGUUUCUGCAGUUGUUGAAGAUGGCCGUGAAUUGUGCAAGCAAACAACUGGCGAUGAAGCAAUUGCAUUGCAAAGUCGUAUCGAAGCAUUGCGAACACGUUACAUUGAUCUAACAGCUGUAAUUGAUGCAAAAAUUGCGGUUCUGAGUGAAGCAUUGCCACUGGCCGAGCGAUUCCAUGAAGGUUGCGGAAUCGUGCAACAAUGGAUGGAUGCUGUGGAGCAGGAUAUGCAAAACAUUGAUCAGGUUUACUGUGUUUUUAUUUAG